AUGUGCAGUGUUCAGGACUCAUUGGCUCUGAGCUCAGCGGCAUACAGGGCGUCCCGGAGGAGUGGACGGAGGACGGGGGUGGGGGAGCCGGAGGUGAUCGGUGAAGAGACCCUGAUGCUGGUGCAGAAGACGGUGAAGGAGAGCAGCUGGUGGGAGAGGAGGGGAGUCGACUGCAGCAUCCUGGCAGCAGCGUUCGUCAGCCUGCCGCCCGUCCUUACUCUGGUGGUUAAAGAAGAGGUUCCCCAUGAACAGAGCUCCAGUUUGGACCAGCAGGAUCCAGAGUUCAUCCCCAUAAAGGAGGAACAGGAGGAACUGUGGACCAGUCAGGACAGAGAGCAGUUAUUGGGGAAGAAGAGACUGAUAUCAGCAGGUUUUCAUUCACUUCAUUCCUGUGAAGUGACAACAAUGAAGACAAAAUCUCAGUCUUCACAGCUUCAUCAGAGCCAAAUGAAAGAAAACAGAGAGGAAAGGAACAGCUCAGCUAAACAGAUGACAACAGACACUGAUGGAGACGACUGUGGAGGACCAGAACCGACCAGGAACCCAGAUUCAAAGACUCAUUUUCAACCAAAUACUGAUGGAAAGUCUUCAGACUCAUCUGAAACUGAAGUCAGUGAUGAUGAGGAAGAUGAAGAGGAGGAGCAGGAUGAGUGGCAGGAACCAUUGUCAGAUUCUGACCCUGAAACUGAAGACAGUGAAGAUGAUUGGAAGGAGACCAGAGGAGCUAUGUCAGGUGGAAGUAAUAAUGUGAGUUGUAACACUAAGAAAAAAUCCUUUAGCUGCUCUGAGUGUGAUAAACAGUUUACCAAUAAGCAGUCUCUUUCUAAACACAAGGCAUGUCAUUCAGGAAAAAGCUCUUCCAACUGUUCAGAUAAUGAGAAAUGUUUUAGAGUGGAGCAAAGUGGGAACUUCAAGAAAAAUGGACGGAAAGUAAUUGCCUGUAAAGAAUGUGGUAAAACAUUUACACGUAGUUCUCAUUUUAAAGUGCACCUGGCAGCUCACAGAGGAGAAAAACUAUUUGGCUGCGAUAUUUGUUGUGCAAGAUUUGCUUAUCCAGUAACUCUGAAGAGACACAUGAUAGACCACACAGGAGAAAGACCGUUUGGCUGUGACGUUUGUGGUCAAAGAUUUUUCCAUCAAGUAUUUCUUAAGACACACAUGACCAUUCACACAGGAGAGAAACCAUUCGGUUGUGAUACGUGCGGUCGAAAAUUUAGACUUCAGGUUCAUCUUAUUUCACACAUGAGAACCCACACGGGAGAGAAACCAUUUGGUUGUGGUGAUUGUGGCGCCAGAUUUACUCGACAGGGAAAUCUGAACAAACACAUGACAAUCCACUCAGGAGCAAAGCCAUUUCAUUGUGUUGAUUGUGGUAAACGAUUUAACCAAAAGGCGCAUCUUAUGAACCACAAGAAAGUUCACACAGAAAGAGAGAAACGGUUUCACACAAAAAGAAAGAAACCGUUUAAAUGUGAUGAUUGCGGGAAAAAAUUUACACAGCAACAUCAUAUACAGCGUCACAUGAAGACGAACCACAAAAUAGAAACUGCAUAGUUGCACGACUGAACGAUUAAUUAUCGUAUAUCAGUAAGAACCACAGCUGUAACAAUGCUUCAAAGCAGCUAACAUGAGAAAAAGUCCACUGUAGUGACUCAACAACCUGCUCUACUCUACUCUACAUCGUCCCUGUUGUUUAAUUUACCUGCAGUACACUGGACCCAACAUGAACCCUGCUGCAGUCUCUCAAUAAAAUGGGUCAUAUCAGUGGACUUGCAGUACCCCUGCUUGUGCUUAUAUGUAGUUUAAAGAUGUAUUUUUGGUUGUGGAUGAUGAGUAGCUGUUGUGACCGAAGCUAAUGGGAAUUCUAAUAAAUGAGAAAUUAAUUUUUUGUUAUUGGUUAGGGUUGUUUAAAAGCCUGUAAACUAUUCAGAUAGCACUGUUUGUUGUUGAGGAUGGAAGUGCAAUCUAAAAAAUGAAUCAGUUCUGUUCAACCA